UGUUUGUAUUUUGUCUGGAGCAGAAUAACUAGUACAAUGUGAAAACUUAUUUUAUUUAUCGAACCUUCUCAUAUUUUGUGUAUAUUGAUUUCUCUUCCAAGUCCGAAGCCAUUCUAUUAUUAAAUCUGUAGAAUCUGUCUCGUUUAGUUACAAGAAACUCCAUCAUAAUUUUUCUGUUUUACGCUCUGGCAUACUUUCUAAGUAUUUAUCUCCUGUCCGUGCUUACAGGGAUGCUAAUGAAGCCAGAUUGAAGUCAAUCAUCCUACGUCCAUAGGAAGAAGAGGAUGGCGAUGGUAGUAGACUGAUAAUCACGACUAGAAGACGUUUAUGUGACCAAUUUUUUGUGUAGGUAGUGGGUUUUGCUAACAUUGUAACUAUAUGUAGCAAGCCAUUACUUUAAAUAAUUAAUACAUUUCUACUCUGCUUGGAAUUUUUUGUUGAUGAAGAUUAAAAGGGAACUCUAUUAACUUCUUAUGCCACUAGUAGGUGGGUGAAUAAGUUUCAGUUGCCAUUACAGGCUAGACAUUAUCCCUGAUUACCUCUUCCUUUGUUUUGAUUCUCGGAGUUUUAGAUAAUUGAUUCGGACUUCUUAACUGAAGUCUUUGAUCCUCCUUAGCAUUGAACAUGUGAUUUUGUUGGAAAAUACUGAUUAGCCCGUCAACCAUCAAGUCGUUCCACUUUCAAUUGUGUACUCGUGGAAAGUAAUCACAAGUCGAGAUCGAUUUACAACUUCAGAAAAAAAAAAAUGAACAGAAAAAGAAAAGAUUGACCGACUUCAAAUGGUGUAAAAAGCACGAUGCUAGCAUUCUAUUCCAUUCCAUUUUGCACUCACCACCUACACAAAGUACGGAAAAAAUUCGUCACACUCAUCCAAAUAUCAAAGACUUUAAAGGAGAAGAUUCUAGCUAGGGUUCCCAAACUAAAAGAAUUCUAGAGAGGUUCACAGUUGAAGCAGAGAGUGAGAGGCGAAAGAAGAUUUUUAGGUAAAACGGAUUUGAUUACCGUGAGUGAGUGAGAGGGUGAAGUAUGGGUCGUCAUACAAGUAAGAAACCAAAGGUUAAUGGAAAGAAGACGAAGAAGAAGAAGCAUGAAAGAAAGUGGAUUUCUGUUGGCAACAAGAGGAAAGUGGUUCAGAUUAUUGAUGCAAGUGGAUUUCUGUGUUUUGUUUUGUCUAUUGUAGGUAUCCUGGGAUAUCAUUGGAGUCAAUUGCAGAGGCUUGCCCAGUUUGUCAUGGAAUUUGCAAUUUGUAAAUCGUGCUUGCGUUCUUUGUCCAUAAAAUCAAAGGUUUUGCAGAAGUCGGAAAUGGAGCUAGAUCCAGAAAAAAAGGUUGAAUACAAUACUUAUCUGUUACGAUAUCUUCUUCUAAUACUGAAACAGUUUGACCAAGAACAACUGAAGGAAAAGGAGACAGAGGCUAGGAUUCAAGGAUUAUCUCAUCAAGAGGUAUCUAUGAAAGAGGUUAUAUGUGGUCCUGAUGAGCGUGUCUAUUGUGACAACUGCCAAACUUUAAUCGUUGACUUGCACAGAAGUUGUUCAAACUGUUCGUAUGAUCUUUGCCUUUCCUGUUUCCGGGAGAUUCGUGAUGGUAUGCUACCUGGGGGUGCAAAAGAAAAAACUGAGGAGUAUAUAGACAGAGGUACACCACAUAUGCAUGCUAAAGAGUUGAAGCCUUCUAAAGGUCUAGCAAAGUCUUCUAUGCGGGCUAAAAAAACUAAGCCUUCGAAAGGUCAAGCAAGGUUGUUGAAACGAGCUACAAAUGAGUGGAAGAUUGUGGAUACUGGCAGCAUCAGUUGUGCAUCUUGCUGUUCUGGUAUUCUAGAGCUGAAGUACAUUCUUCCGGAUAAUUGUGUGUCGGAGUUAGUAAAUAGAGCAGAACAAAUUUCAAAACAGAGCAUUUUUGAUGAUCCUGCCACUCCUACACAGCAGAGAUCCUGUUUUAACUCUGUUAGCGAUGUUGACAUUGACAGCAGUAAGCUAAGGAGAUCUGUUUCUCAAAAAGGUAAAAACAGCAACUGCUUGUACAGUCCGGAAGCUAAAGAAAUCCAACAUGGGGACAUGGAGAACUUCCAGAAGCAUUGGGUCAAAGGAGAGCCCGUGAUUGUUCGUAAUGUGCAAGAACUAACAUCUGGCUUGAGCUGGGAGCCAAAUGUUAUGUGCCAGGCACUGCGUGAGAAAACAACUUCCAGGUUGAUGAAAGGUUCCGAACACUUAGUUUCCAAAGCUGUUGAUUGUAUGAAUUUGUGCAAGGUUGAGGAGUUACGUUUUCUGCCGCGUAAGCACAUAGCAAAGGAGGACAAGCUGGAGGUUAAGAAAAUGAUCCUCUCCGCUGUUGACAGAGCAUUGAAUCAACUGGAAUGUCAUUUCAAGGUUCCAAACGGCAAACACUCUAGCAAUUCUGCUGGCAAGCUUUCUCCCGAGCAACCAAUAAAAGGCAAAGCAAGUAUUAAUCCAAAGGCAGAACCUAGCAAAGAAGCUGCAAUAGUUGAAAUACUGAAAGAAGUGGAUUUCGAGACUACAACUUUCAACGAUAUUUGCCAAUAGCUGGGAAACCAUUUUGGUGUAGAUCUAAUGUGUAAAAGGAUGGAGGUGACGGGCAUCAUCCAAGCUGCAGGAAUCUGUCUGAUUUUUCAUAGGAAGCAAUGGAAAGGAAAAAAAUCCAUAGGCAGAAAGACUUGAAAGCUUUUGCUGCAGGGGCUUGCGAUCUCAUGGUGACACGAUUUUUCCCAACGCUGUAGCCAAAAACGUAUGUUGGAAGAAGUUUGUAGGGAAAGGUACGCUAAGAUGGAGUACACGUCAACAACUACUUUUUCAUGAAAGCUUGUGAAGUUGAAAUGAAAUCAAGAUAGUGCGAAAGCCGUAAUUUCUCGGCAGAGGAAUUUAGACCAGCUAAAGAUGAUACAAAACCAGUCUACCAGUUGUCAUUGCCACCAGUUGCACAAAGCCUGAUGUUUUAAAAACCUGCAGUGAUCAAUAUAUCGCAAGGAGGGUCAUUUAUGGUCCGACGAUUUUGUCUAUGUAAAUUUUGUGCGUUGUUUUAAAUGGAGUUCACUAUCAUGCGAUAGUUCACUUUUAUGCUUAAUAUCAUGUUCAAAAUUUUACGGAAUCAAUUUUUUGUUUUUAUA